AUGUCGGGAGACAACUCUACCUCUUGCGUUGGAUCAAUGUCUCGAACCAAUCCUUCUUCAUCCCCCGGGAAUGAAAACGACUCCUCGGAUCCUUUGAUUCAGAUGCCAGCCGGCCCUUCUCCUCCUCCUCCUCCUUCCAGGGCACCGCUCAAUUCCAUUCCCGAUCCAUCCCAAAUUCAACAUGACUUGGGCCAUAACAAUAACAGUAACAAUAAGGAAAAAUCUGCCUCCGGUGCUGGCACUAAAUGUAAAUCCGACGCUGCUGCUCAUACUCCUCCUCAUUCUCUUACUCCUACUACGCAAAAACUACAGCAAUCACAUCAGCUUCUGGUCGUCUCAAAUUCCAGACCAAACGCAACCCCCAGGAGAGGACCCAAACCUACUUCCGACCCUACUUCUGCUCCAGCCACUCCCGCUUCUUCUUCUAAGCCCAUUCAUCACCCCCUUAGGAUUUCCAAUGUCGGACCAAAAGGGGCCAUCUUUUCCAGAGGGAUUUCCGUUCCCUAUCCCGACCCCCACCAACUCCAGCACGUUCCCCAUUUCGACCUGCCUCAAGACCAUUCCUUUUGGAAACACCACAACGUCCAGGUCUUGAUUCGAAUUCGACCCAUAAGUAACAUUGAAAAGGUGUCCCAAGGCUACGCCAGAUGUUUGAGACAGGAGAGUGCCAAAUCACUGGUCUGGCUUGGCCACCCUGAAACGCGAUUUACCUUCGACCACAUUGCUUGUGAAACUAUUUCCCAGGAAAAACUUUUCACUGUUGCCGGAUUGCCUAUGGUGGACAAUUGUAUGUCUGGAUAUAAUAGUUGCAUGUUUGCAUAUGGUCAGACUGGCAGUGGGAAGACACACACAAUGAUGGGUGACAUAGGUCAAAUGGCUGGAAAGCUCAAUGAGGAUUGUGGGAUUACCCCUCGCAUUUUUGAAUACUUGUUUACAAGAAUUAGUGAGGAAGAGAACAACAGAAGAAAUGAGGGACUCAAAUACAGCUGCAAAUGUUCCUUUCUGGAGAUAUACAAUGAGCAGAUCACGGAUCUUCUUGAGCCUUCAUCGACUAAUUUGCAACUCAGAGAGGAUUUGAAGAAAGGCGUGUAUGUUGAAAAUCUUACUGAGCACAGUGUUAGAACAGUUGAUGAUGUUCUGAGACUUUUGUUACAGGGUGCUGCAAAUAGGAAAAUUGCAGCAACUCAUAUGAACAGCGAAAGCAGCAGAUCCCACAGUGUUUUUACAUGCAUCAUUGAGAGUCGAUGGGAGAAAGACUCCAUGACCCACAUUAGAUUUGGGAGGUUAAAUUUAGUAGAUCUUGCUGGUUCUGAAAGGCAGAAGAGCUCUGGUGCUGAAGGAGACCGCUUGAAAGAAGCCGCAAACAUAAACAAAUCAUUGUCAACUCUUGGAUUGGUCAUAAUGUCUCUGGUGGAUUUAGCACAAGGGAAAAACAGACAUGUUCCCUACAGGGACUCUAGGCUAACAUUUCUUCUCCAGGAUUCACUCGGCGGUAACUCUAAAACUACAAUUAUUGCGAAUGUCAGCCCAUCUAUUUGCUCAGCAAAUGAGACAUUGAGCACCUUAAAGUUUGCUCAACGAGCAAAACUCAUUCAGAACAAUGCUAAGGUUAAUGAAGAUGCUUCUGGUGAUGUAAUAGCAUUACAACGCCAAAUCCAACAACUGAAGGGUCAGCUGUCUAUUCUGUUAAAGCAUAGCCAUGAUUCAGAGUAUUUGUCCCAUCAUACACCAAGUUGCAAAGAAUCCUAUUUGGGAACCUUUCUUGAGGAAUUGGACUCAUCAGAGCAAAUGAUUAUGCAUGAUAAUCAUGGAACACAGAGUGGCAGAAGGAAGAAGACAAUGUGCUCCAAAGCUACUUUACUUGGUGCCUUGAGAAGGGAGAAACUGGCUGAAUUAGAAGUCAAGAGAUUAAAAGCAGAAAUGGAGCAGCUAAAUAGUUUGGUUCAUCAACUUGAAUUAGAUGCUCAACAUGCUAAAAUGAUCCUGAGGUCCCGUGAUGAAAGGAUAAAGCACUUGGAACUACUUGCAGAUGGUUUUGUCUCUGCUGAUGCUUAUAUUCUGAAUGAAAACAAUGCUUUAAGAGAAGAAAUUGAACUACUCCAAUCACGAAUUGGGAAGAAUCCGGAACUGACACGAUCUGCAUUGGAGAAUAUUAGACUUCUUGAGCAACUCAGAUUGUUUAAAGAAUUUUAUGGACAAGGAGAAAGAGAAACACUUCUAGCUGAAAUAUCAGAACUACGGGAUGAGUUAUCUGACAUUCUUGAAGCUGAAGAAAGCUGUGUACAUUCUCAUUCAUCUCCAUGCAAAGAAAAUCAGGAAACUAGAGCUGAAAAGGAAUUAAACAAACAGAGGGACUUGAAUUCUAACUUAGUCAGGGAAGUUGAUGAAUUGCAGAGGGAACUUGGGAAAUUUAUCGACUGUAACCUACCUACUUCUGAUUCAAGUUGUUUGCAGGCCAGAGAGAUGCUUCCCAGAAGUUGUUCUGUAGAUGAAUUGGCAUCUUGCAUCCUACAAGAGGAAUGUGCUUCAUUGUGUGAGGAUGGGCAACACAUGGAGAGAGCACUGGUUUUGCAGUGCAAUGAGAUUCAAAAAGAGCUGAAGGAUGCAAGAUCGGUGAUCGAAGCUAUGGAAUCAAAGCAACUCUGCUUGAUCGAAGAGCUAGAAUUUUUGCGCAAUGAAAAUGAUAAAUUGAUGGAAACGUUGCAAAACCAGCAAAAUGGGGAGGGCAAGCAUAGGCCUGAACCUGAGCACUGUAAUAUGCAGAGUGGUUUUGUACUAGACGAAGACUUAAAUUUUGUUACAGAGGGUGAAAAUGACUCCUGCACAUUGGUCUUGCAAGCUAAGUUGGUCAAGUUGUCUAAGGAUCUUCAGCAUGCUCAGUUGCUGAAUAGCCAAUAUCUAAAGGAUCAUGCCACGGGCUUAUCUCAGCAAUCCCAAGCUGAAUCAAUCCAGGAAGAUGUAGAGAUUGAAACAACCAGAACAAUCCUCCACUUGCAGGAAGAGAUUGCUACACUGCAGUCAGAACUCCAAGGGAGAAUAAAGUCCUUGGAGGAAGAAAAUGGAAGUCUAAGAAAUUGUAUAGCAGCAAAGGACGGUGAAAUGGAGGUAUUGUGUUCUGAAUGGGAAAGGGCAACUUUGGAGCUAACCAACUUUCUUUUAGAUGGCUCGAAGUCAAUUGGAGAUGCUUCUUCACAGAUAGAGAGUAUUGGUAGUUUAUUUCCCUGUGAUAAUGUUUGGGUCAGUGAACAUGUGGAGAGAGCUGCUAAAUUGUGUGUUGAGAAGGAAGAAAGUAUGUUUCUUCUAAAAAGGAGUUUGGAAGAUGCACAAACGACAGUCUUGGAGAUGGAUCAGAAAUUGAAUUCCUUGAGAGGUGCAACAAUGGUGUUGUCUGAAGCUCAGCAGAUAAAGCAUUUAGAAUCCAACCUGAUAUACCAUGAGGGUCCAAUAACUGAGGUUAAAAGAUAUGCCGAUUAUAAUUUCUUAGAGAUGAAAACGAAUUUCCAUCAGCCAAUGGUGGUUCUCUGGGACAAUGUUGAGAAGAACAUGCCAUCAGCUGAUGCACAUACUUCAGUGACAGCAGAGGUGAAUGCUGAUAUUGAGUUGGCAUACUAUGGAUUGCUCGAGGCUGAGAGUGCAAUUAGCAUAUCUCGUGUAGAUGCAGAAAAUCAUUUUAUGUCCCUUCAGUCUGACAUCCAUGAAACAUUUUCUCUAUACAAGGAAUUAAUUCAGGAUCUUGUGAACGAUAUCCAUGAUAUGAGGAGGAACUUUGUGAAACUAAAUGUAAAUUAUGGAAGUGUUGAUAUUCAUACAUCUGGAAGUCCAUUAGUUCAUACCCUUAGGUUUCUUGAGCAUGAGAAUGGGCAUAAUAUGUUGCAUCAGAUUUUAGGUGAACUUGCUGAAGUAAAUAAAAGACUGAAUUCAAUGAAUGCAUACCUUUCUGGAAUUGCAUAUUCAUGUCAGUCGCCAGCAGAAGUUAAUGGAUGGACCACGGAUUUUUCAAGUUCUAAUUCAUCAGCCGACAGUGGUCUUACAUCAAAGCAAAUUGCUGUGAAUCGUUAUGGUCAAUACCUCGAAAAGAAAACUGAACAAACAUUUGACCUAGAGCCUGAAGAAAGUUUUGUUGUUUCUUCUAAAUAUCAAGAAUCAGGACACUCAAGGCUAGCCCAAACACUGGAUUGUGAUCGACUAACUUCUUUUUGCUUGAGAAAGGAAUUCAGAGCAGCAUAUGAUGCUUUGUCAAAAAUAAAUGAUCAGUUGACUGCAAUUUUCAGUGUAGAAGACACAUGGGAUGGCUCUACCUCAGGUGUCUGCUUCACCAAUUCACAUUUAUUCAUCACAAACAAAGAGCACCACUUUGUUAGGGAUGAAAAUGAACAAGUGAUCAUGCCAAAUGCAGGUGCUAUGAUACAAAGUCAUGAGGAGAUAACACAGAUGGCUGAUGCUAGCUGCAGUCUUACAAGAGAGUUUAAUUCUUAUUACAAAAUUAAUCAGGCAGACAGCUUCUUUAGCAAAUUUGAGGAAGCUCAAGCAACUGUGAAGGAGGCUGAUUAUAUGUUAAAUGCUUUAUUGAAAUCAAAUGAUGAUGCAAAACAGUUGACUUCUGCUUGGAAACAGGUUGGAAAUGAGUUGAUGAUACAGAAAGCAAACUUGUUUGAAGAGAUCAAUCUACUGAAAUCCUCUAUUCAUUUUAAAGAGAGUGAAAAUGAAAUGCUGCAACACCAAAUUCAUUUCAUCCUGACAGAAAUUGCAAGUUUAAUGUUUCUGAUAGAAGGUUCCUUUCAAAAGGAUGUUGAAGAUCUGUGUAAGACAUCAUAUUGUGAUACCAUUUUGAUGGUAAAGGAGACACUCAACAACAUUUCCAGUUUGAGAUCAUUGUUGGAGGAGAUUUCAGCUGAGGUCAGGGAAAAUGGCAUUAUCUCUUUUGUGUUCAAUGAGCGCUAUUUGGGGAAGAUUUAUGAUGAAAUCAGAAGGCUAAACAAAAAUUCAGAUUUCCUUGCUUCAACUCGUGAAGAAGGACUUACUGUUAUGCAGAACUCAGGAAAAGAGAGUGCGAGUUAUAGGAGUGAAAGCGAGGUUAAACUAGCACAAGGUGAAGAGGAAGGGUGUCAAUAUGAAUUUGUCAAUAGAUCAGAAGCAGGAGAGGAUGACCUGAUAAAUGAACAUUUGGAGCUGAAGAGAGAAGUGGAACGAAAAGAAGUUUUAUUGAAAGGUUUACUUUUUGAUUUAAGCUUGUUGCAAGAAUCUGCUAGCAGUACAAAGGAGGCCAAGGAUGAAAUUGAAAAGUUACAUGCAGCUUUGAACCAAGUUAGGAAUGAGCUAAAGAUGAAAACAAGUCAGCUUGAUAACAUGCUUAUAAAGCAUAAAACACUUGAAGGCCGUUUAAUGGAGGCUGAAAAUGCUUUGUGUGUCUCACAUUCUGAUUUAGAGGAGGUGAGAGGCACAUUAGAUAUCUUGUCGGAAGAAAAUGCUGAGUUGAGAAUGCUCUUAAAGGAUGUUUAUCUAAAGAAGUCAGAAACAGAGCAACAACUGGAAGAACAAAGAGAAAGUGUGAAAGACUUAGAAGAUGAAAUCCUCCGCAUGGCUUCUUCAGCAGAGGAAAAAAUGGCCUCUUCAAUAAAAGACAUCAAGGAUGAUAUGAAAAGGGUGACUACAGAAAGAAAUCAACUUCUUGAUCAACUUCAAUCUCUACAGGACAAGCUCGAUAUUGCAUAUGCAGUAGCUGAUGAAAAGGAGGCUAUUGCCUUAGAAGCGUGCCAGGAAUCAGAAGCUAGUAAAGUGUAUGCUGAGCAGAAGGAAGAGGAAGUAAAGAUUUUAGAACACUCAGUGGAGGAACUUGACAGCACCAUCAAUGUACUGGAAAAGAAGGUUUCUGAAAUGGAAGAAGAGGUAGAAAGAUAUCGCCAAGUAAGAGAUUCUUUGGAAGUGGAACUCCAUGGUCUGAGAGAAAGAUUGUUGAUGGUUGAAAGCAUAACUGAAGAUUUGGACUCAAGUAGAGAGCUGUCAGAAAAUCAAUUCUUGAGAUCUAUAAGUCCCUUUACUUCGCUUUUGGGAAGUGUGGAACUUCACGAGGCUCUGAUUCAAAUAAGAAUUCUUGAAGAAGAAAAGGAUAAACUAGCUAAGGAGAUCAAGCAAUAUAGAGAAUACAUCUCUGAAGUUGUUGUGCAUGCUGAAGCCCAGGCAUCGCAGUAUCAACAGAAGUACAAAAGCUUGGAGGCAAUGAUUCAUGAAGUCAGAACAGAUUCAUCCGAUGUAAUAUGUGGAGCACCAACGCUGGAUAAAACAGAGAAAACUUCAGUGAGAUCAAGGGGCUCAAGCUCACCAUUCAGAUGCAUUGCAAGUUUGGUGCAGCAGAUGAAUAUGGAGAAAGAUCAGGAAUUGUCAAUUGCCAAGUUUCGUAUAGAAGAACUCGAGGCAUUAGUGGCUAGUAGGCAGAAAGAGGUAUGUUUGCUGAACACUAGACUGGCUUCAGUGGAAAGCAUGACUCAUGAUGUCAUUCGGGAUCUGCUUGGUGUCAAAUUAGACAUAACAAACUAUGCGGACUUGGUAUCUCAGAAUCGGCUUCAAAAGUUAGUUGAGGAGGCUCAGCACCAAGCAAAGCAAUAUAUUGUGAUGGAGAAAGAGGUUCUGGAGCUGAGGAGGCGAAUCAAUGACUUAGUCGAGGAAAGAGAAAGAUGCGUUUUGGAAGUAAAUAGAAGAGAAGCGGACGUCCUUGCCACACAUAUGAUCCUAGAACAAGUACGGGAACGAGAUCAGUUGCUGACUGCACAAAAUGAGAUGUUAAAAGCAGACAAAACAAACUUACAGAGGAGGGUUGCUGAGCUAGAUGAUAUGGUGAAGAAACUGAUUGGUAGACAGAAUAUUGUUGUGCAAAAGCAGCAAACAAACGAGUAGCUUUGCAAGGCUAAAAGGAUAACAGCCUUAGCAAGAAGCUGAGUGCUAAGAAAAAUUUCUAUGACGGGUCAACAAUUGACCUGCUCACCGUCAGAUGAUUAAACCCAGGUAUCCAUAAAUGUAAAUCUGUUUUAACAGGUAGAAGAGGUCGUCAUGGUGUUUGAUAUUUGCCGUGUGCUGCACAUUCUGUUAACUAUUGAAUAGCCUGGAGUUGCUGGAGGAAAGGAAAAAGAAUGGACGAUUAGAGAAGCCUUGGGUUGCAUCCCGUGUUAAAACGUCAGAGUUUUGAAACAUCAAACUUCUGUGGAGAAACUAGGCUCCAUCUGAUUACCCGUGUGCAAUUGUGCUGCUUCACUGUUUUGGAAACAAAGAUACCAAAUCAUGCAUAGAAUUUAUUUUCUGUUAUGCGUGGAGAAUGUACAAAAUUAGAGGUUUGGAAACAACUUCGUUUUUUAAAUUCCAUCUCCCCCUUGUUAGGACAAAAAAAAAAAUGAAAUUAAAAAAAAUGUAAAGUUUAGAGAAAGAUUAUC